UGGCGGAAAGGGGGAUUGGCAUCCUUGACCAAGCUAAACUGGCAACCCCCACAGCCGGCGUGCUCUGCCGGGAGAGGAAAGGAAGAUGGUGGACUUCGCGACCGCAGCGUGCUACAAACUCCUCCCCAAACUUUUUGACAAAUGCUCCCUGUGCCAACCCGGCGUUACGUACAGAAUACCUGGCGACAAGCAUAGAUAAUACACCGAUAACAAGCGUGACGGCGAGAGGAUUUGUCACCUGUGGACAAGGAUCACCUUCUCGGGUGGAAGUAAGCGUUGAGUUGGGCGCGAUUGUUUUGGGCAGGGGUCGCCAGUCAAUAUUAGUCAACUCUUCACAACGAAAGUGUCAAGGGGGAUUUCUUUAUUUUUCAUUGUCAUCGUGGAAACAAAUCCAGAUGUCUUCACGCCGAUUGUAGAGCUGAGAGGAGACUUUACGUUGGACAACUUGAAAGGAGGCUAACGUUAGCUAGCCCCGCCUGGCUAACGCAGCUGCUCGCCAUGCCGCGAAGUAAAAAGGGGAAACGGGGCUCCACUAAAGCCGGAUCUCUCCGUCAGGAGGUUCUAGAGCUGCAGUUGAUGACAAAAGCCUCUCUGAAAGGUGUCAAAAACGGCAUGAAGGUGGAGUCAGGAGCCAGUGACGACGAGCUGACGUUGGAUGUUCUCAGCCACUACAGCAGCGCCAGUGAAAGCACCUCCGUCCUUGAAGAGGGCACAGGAGGGGAGGAGGUUGACGAACAGACCGCCCAAGAGGAAACGGAAGAUAAACUCAAGCAGUGCAUUGACAACCUCACAGACAAGAGCGCAAAGACUCGACUCGCAGCCCUCGAGUCGUUGCGGCAGGCCUUCUCAUCCAAACUGUUGUACGACUUCCUCACAGAGAGACGCUUCACAGUCAGCGACUGUUUAGAACGGAACCUUAAAAAAGGGAGCGCAGAGGAGCAGUCUGCUGCGGCGACAGACUUUGCGCUGCUCUGCAUCCAGUUGGGGGGAGGAGAUGAGGCGGCGGAGGGCUUCAACAUGCUACGCCCCAUCUUGACCAGCAUCCUGAUCGACAACACUGCUAGUAUGACAGCACGCCAAAGUUGCGCCAGAGCUUUGGGGAUGUGUUGCUAUGUCUCAGCUGCUGAAGAUGGAGAGGACUUGAUCAAGUCGUUGUCCCUGCUGGAGAGCGUGUUCAUGUCUUCCUACCCCAAUCGAGAGGGAGCACUGCCCACACCCAAACCCGGUGGCCCGGGGCUCCAUAGCGCCGCCAUGCAGGCUUGGUCCCUGCUGGCCACCCUGUGUCCUGCAUCCAAACUCUCUGUCCUGCUGCACCUUCACCUCCCCAAGCUGCAAGCUUGUCUGCAAAGUAGUGACGUCAACUACAGGAUCACUGUUGGCGAAACCAUUGCCCUGCUGGUUGAGCUGGGACGUGAAAUAGAUGAGGACUUUGAGGUGGAGGAUGGUGAAAGUCUGUGUGAAAAUCUCAAGAGUUUAGCGACGGACAGCCACAAACAUCGCGCCAAGAACGACAGGAGGAAACAGCGCUCUAUCUUCAGAGAGGUUCUACACUACAUCGAGAACGAGGACUUCACGGAAGAGAAGAUCAGUUUUGGUGUGGAGAGCAUGUACAUCGACAGCUGGAUGAGGCGAAGAAUCUAUGAUGCUUUCAAAGAGAUCCUGGAGUCUGGCGUCAGGCACCAUCUGCAGUUCAACCCACUUCUGAGAGACAUCAUUGGUCUUGGCCCUCCCAUCAUCCUUGACUCCACCAUUAAAGCGAACAAGAUUUCACGAUUUGAGAAGCAUCUUUUCAACUCGGCUGCCUUCAAGGCCAGGACGAAGCAGAGGAACAAAGUCCGGGACAAACGGGCCGACGUCAUGUGAUAGAGGAAAAGUGGAUAUUGACAAACCGAACGCCAAUCGGCUGCCUUCAAGAUGGACUCGGACAGGCUUAAUGAAUUCAAGACUGUUUGGACUCAAACCGUUUUACCUGUGGAAACAACCUCCAGUUUCCAGAUGGCUGACACUCAAGCACGGGCUGCCCUUAUAGGAAAAAUAUAUUUUGCCUUUUUAGGAAACAGAGGAAUCAUUUUUAAGGAUAAAGAUAAUUUAAUAAUGUAUCUGUGUUAACUGUUAGUACAUGUCUUAUAACAAAAUAUAACUUGAAUGCAAAAUGCUAAGCGAGUCAGAAGAGAAAUGGAAGAAAUACGAUGCUUUUUAUUCUUGUCAUUAAAAAAAAAGCAUUCGCGGGUCAUCCCAAAAGUAUUCACAGCGCUGAACUUUUUCCAUAUUUUUUCAUAUUACAACCUUAAUUCUAAAAUGGAAGGAGUGUAUGUUUCUUAUUUAUUCAUACCUAACAGCCCACUAGUGGGGGGAGAUAAAAAAUCUCACCAUGUACGCAAGUACUCACAAUCUUUGCUCAAUGCCUAAUUGCUGCACCUUUGGCAACAGCCUCAACUCCAUUAGAAUAUAAUGCCAAAAGCUUGGCACAACUAUUGCAUCUCAGCAUCUCUGUCCAUUUCUCUUUGCAUCACCUCUCACCCUCCAAGUUGGAUAGGGAGCGUUGGUGCCCAGCCAUUCUCAGAUCUCUUCAGACAUCAAUCGGAUUGAAAUCUAGGUGCCGCCUAGCCAGUCAAGGACAUUCGAUGGGGAGUACAUUUUGGAAAAAGAUAUAACACAACAAAAUGUGGUUAAAAGUUGUGUGAAUGCGUACCGGAUGCACUGUAUAAUUUCAUGGAAGGAAAAUUUGGAAGCAUUUUUUAUUGAGCUUAUUGUAUGUUGUGGUUUUUGAAAGCCUGAUUGGUGCUAAAAACAAUGCUAACCUGAGCUACAUGUUGAGUUAGCAUUGUCCUCUAUGACAAGAAAAACCACAAAGAAGAUGGAAAAUAUUCUUUAUAUAUUAUGUACCUAAUAUAAUCAUUGCCAAAUCCGCACUCUUAUAAGCAUUGGAACACUAGAGAAAGUGUGUGUGGUGUUAGGGUCCUUUAUCAGAGUUUUAAUCAUCACUGAUAAAAACAGUGUUUGCAUAAUUGAAACCAUUAAUUGUCAACUUUUGUAUGGAUGAAUGUUUUUGAAAAUGGGAAACAACUUUUAACCAUCUGGUUGUUGCUCUUUUUAUUUCAUGUUGUAUUUAAUUACAAUAUACAACGAUGUGAUGUACUGUUAAGAAGCUUACAAACGCUCGAUAAUGUUUACAGCUAAGAGAAGAUGCCAGAUUGUUAUUUUGUUGCUGUUUUAUCUAUUUUAUUGCAGGUUGGUGUUACUUGAAUCAUUAAAGGAGUGUCUUGA